AUGUGGCACACCAACGUUGGCUAUUCCUUAUCCCUGCUGCUACAGCUGUUGCUGCUCGAGUGCUGCUGCUGGAGCUGCAAGACGUCACCUCCAUCAUCGACGCCCACUGCAGCCGCCCGGGUCAUUGGCGCCACCUCCUUGGCAGCCACCCGGGCCGCUGUCUUUGCUGCCACACAGAACAAAAUGCGACGCAGCGACAGCAACAAUCAGAGAAAUCAACUAGACGAUUUAAUGCCAGCAAAUUUACUGUUAGAGGAUCUGCAGCAGUCUAACGGACAGCUAAUCAAUCUGACAAGGCAUCACAAUGGCGAUAUCUUCUAUACAAACGGUCUUGGCGGCGCUUGCAAUGCGGACACCUGCAUUGGCCUCUCCAGCGGCACAGCGGCGAUGGUGCGUCCGGGAGGGGACUCCAACGCAGCUGAUGGGAUGGGUCAGGCCUCGGCCUCAGCCUCAGCCUCUCUGGAGUUACUCACGCGCCGCAUGAAGCUGCAACAAAGAGCCAAAGAGCAGGGUCAAUCCGUGGGCAUGGCUCAAGAGGAUGAGGGUUGCAGCUGUCGCUGUUUGCCAUAUUUGCGCGCCUAUCGCGAAGAUUUGGGCAUAUGCGUGGAUGACAUUCACGAAUGCUCUCUCUCACCAUUUGUCAGUGGCUCAUCGUCGGAGAAAAUUCCGUUUGUGUUUUUGCCACUGCGCGGCCAAAUCAUUUACCCCAGCAGAGAAAUCAGUUUUCCCAAUAUACACACACCAGUGUGUGCGGUUACAGGUGCCCAGUAUCUGGGCUCCAACGGCUGGUCGGAUCUGCGUAACCCCAUUGACACCGACUACCCGUUUCGCAUGUUCCGCGACGAGGGGCGCAGCUUUUUGCAGUGGCUCGGCGAAGCUGAGCUGCGCCAGAAGAUGCAGGGACGUCUCAUUGUGGUGCAUCUUGUCUGUCGCGACAUGACAGUCGCCCUUAAUGCCAGUCGGAAGGAUCACCUGAUGCCGCCCAAAAAUGUGCACUCGCCCUGCGUUGCCUUCCGUGUCAAUGGCAGCCCCGUGAAAUACUCACACAAUGUGCCGGAAGUAUAUUUUCAGCCGGCCAAUUCGACAACUCUCGCCUCCAUUUCAGAUGGGAUGAGUAUGCGAGAGUAUGUGGUGAUUGGCAUCUGCAGUCUGCUGCUGGGUCUCAUUUAUGUGGCCUCCGUGUUCCUUUAUCUGUAUAUGAAGAAGCGCAAAAAUCGUGGUCGUCACAAUUCACGUCAUUCACUGGACAAUGUCGGCAAUGAGAUCAACUAUCCGAAAAACGAUCAAGUCACUUACGGAGCACCCUUCAGUCGCGUGGGCAGCAUCUACUCGGCAAACAGCUUGGGGGGCCUGGGUGGUGGAAAUGAGGCUGGGACACGGGCGAGUAUGGCCAGUUUAAAGGAUGAUCUGGGCAUUGUGAAGAACAAUCCGUUGCUGCAGCAUUUUCCACAGUUGGGUGAACGAGAACACAUCUCCGGAUUUUCCAGCGAUAUAUCCAAUUCAAAUUCAGAAUGCGAGAUGGAGGAGAAGAUCAAGACAUCCGUUUCGGUUCUGGUGCAUCCACAGCUGAGCAUGGCCAACAAAUCACCCAAGCCGGGUCACAGCGCCACCGAGAGCAACUCCCUGGAGUCCGAUGAUUUUCGCCAAGACAACGAGUGCCUGCCUGCCGAGAAUGUCGCUGUCAUCGAGGAAUUGAUGAGCGAGGAGAAACUGGAGAAUCUGCGUGCCAUGGUUAAUAGCAAUGUGCGCAAGAAGCUCUACUUUAAUCCGGCUUAUUUUGAGCCUCAUCUGCUGGCGGAGCCGCCGCAAGCUGCCAUUGAGUUCCUGCAAAAGAUACGUGAGGUCAUUGCCAUUGCCAAGUAUAAAAUGGCCGCCAAGCGCUAUCAGCCAUCGCUGAACAUAAUACACGAGGAGGCCAGCUUGGAGUCUAACUCCUCGAGGUUCAAUGUGCCGCUGCAGCAGAAUCUGCAGGCCAAGAGCAUGGGCGACAAGCGCAACAGCAUCGAACAGUGGCUCCAAAGCGUACCCAACUCGGAGUCGAGCCAAAAGACAACGGCAUCCAAAAAAACUAAUAGUUCUCCGACUAAAGGAUCACUGCGCAGGGAAAUCUCAGCACCCAAAGAACGUCCGCCCCCGCCGCCGCAGCAAAGAUCGAACCAUGAAGAGGAAACCAAGGAGGAAACGCUGGAGGAACAGCAGCUGCAGCGGACUGGAAAAUCAAGUCCGGAGUCUAUGAUCGUCAAGCCCAGAUCUCCUUCCUACGACAGCUACUCGGCCUUCUCUGCCAAUAUUUAUGGGUUUGCAGAGACUGGUGGGGAGAUCUACAAUAAUCCUAAAUUUAUGCUGGCCGACUCACCGGCCGGCUCCAUUCAUAGCUCUUCCAGUCGCUGUAAGUCUCUACACAAGCGCGGCGAUGUCCUGGAUCAGUUUGCAGCUGCCAAUUCCACGCCCACCUCCCUCAACUCUUUCGAUCGCCAGCAUUACAAUAUGCUGCGAAAUAUGAAACCAACGGAGAUUAUCUAUGAUUCCUUGAAACGCGAGUAUGCAGCUCAUAUACCCACUCCAGACUACGACAGCACCAUUGAAAAGAAGAUCAAGGAGAUUUACAGCAGCACCCAGAGCAGUAUUCCCUCAGUGCCCACGCCGGACUACAGCUCAUUGAGUCGCAAGUCACUCAAACAGUUUCAGCCCGAUUCACCCAUCUAUAGACGAAAAUCUCCACAGUAUCUGAUUGUGGACUACGAGACGGAUAGCUUGGAGCGGUUAGAGCCCAGUAAGCGCAAGAGUUCGCAUUCAUCCAGUUCGCCAUCAUCGGAUGUGAGCUCACAGCUAAGUCCCAGUCUGAGCACAGCUCUACCACUGGAGGAGGAGAUGGAGAUUAGUCACACCGUCUAUGAUCGCUUGAAUGGAUUUCGCAAGGAAGGCGAUCUGAAGAAGCGUCUAUCCGGCAAGCACGGACAGGGACAGAGCCAGGCGCAGCGUCACAAGGAGGUCGCUGCAAGGAUAAAAUACGAUACUCCAUUCCGCGGUAGCAUGACUAUCGAAGUGGAGCAUGAGCCACCCUCCGAUAUGGAGCGCACCGAUAGUGAUCAAUUCGAGCCGGACACCCUUGAUCGCAAGCCCAAGAAGCAGAGCUUCUGUGACAUCAAUGCCUGGGAUAAUCAUGGCCGCCAGAGCAGUAGCGAGCAAUAUGUGGAUUCUGAUUACAACCAGAUGAAUUCGUUGCCUGAUCUCAGUCGACAGCUGUGUUCCGCGGAGCAGGGUCCUCAUGGCAGUAAGCCGCGCACUGCUUCAUUUAUUCUACGCUCCAGCAACUCCUUUCGGAAUCUGCGGGAAAUGUAUGAAUCCCCUCUAGCUAUCCAGGAGAACUUUAAGAGUGAGCCGCAGCAGCGCCAGCUCACCAAGGAGGAGGAGGGACGCAUUCUUACGCUGGAGGCAAAGCACUCGCGGCGUCAGCGUGGAUUGCAAGCAUCCCCCACCCUUUCCAUGAUAGAGCAGGGCAGACCUAGUAGUGCCAGUGCUGUCAACAAAACCACCAUUACCAUAUCCUCACCGAAACCUGCAGACAAGCAUCAGCUCAAAACUGGGGAAGCCCAUGGGGCCUAUGGUCAGAGGAAGCCUUCCUCGCCACAACGCCCCAAAGCAAAUCAACACUUCUGUGCUCCACUGGUGCAUAAUAAACGUCCGUUGCCCCCUCCGCCUCCCUCGCCAGCCACAGUCACGAACCACGAUGAGGAUGCCUACAGUCUUCAUAGUGAGAUUACUGAGCUAACGGGCGUUUCCGAUACCAUAGAUAACUCCUGCAACAAUACCAUGUCCAGCGUUAUUUCAACUCUCACAGAGCAGUCGAAGCACAUAAGGGAGCAGAAGACGACGCAACUGGAUGUUGACUACGAGGGACUCUAUGGCAAGAAGAUUAACAGUCUGCGCAAUGAUUACAGCUUGAACAAGUAUCUCAAUCGGCGCAAGUCGCAGAAACACGAGCGAGAUAACAACAAUGAGAAUGAGCCGGAGCAUGAGCUGAAGGAUGCCACAGACCUGGAGCACAGCAGCAACAACAACAACAGCAACAACAAUAAUAACAAUGCAAAGAAUCUUAAGGAUGUGGAUCUUAAUCAGUUUGACGCGAUCUCAAUAAGUUCUCGCUCAAAUCGGAGCAGCGGCCAUCUAUCGGAGCGCACCAAGGAGAUGUAUCGCAAUGCAGGUGUUCCCGUUGGGAUUGCCUAUCCGCAGCGUGCUGCAAACAGUGCGAAUCAAACUGGCAACGCCACUCAAGUCAACGUCCAAACCGUUUAUCGCUGUGAGAUUGAGCCGGCACAGCUGACGGCUGGCAUGCAGAUCGCAAUUGGACUAAAGGAUCGGGCCAAGAAGGCCAAGGAUCUGAAGAAUGCGUGGCGAAAGUUUGUUACGAUGGCCGCCAAUAAGUUCAGUCCCAGCCAGAGUCCGGCGCCCACCUAUGGCUCCAAAACCUCUGCUGGGUUUCUGGAGGACGAUGGCAUUGCCUCCAUCAUUGAGGAUGCGGCCGCACCGCCUGGCACUGCGGUACAGCCGGGUAAUCAGAAUUACUACGAGCAGCGCUUUGGGCAGCUGGACAGUGGGUAUAUGAGCACCGACUCCACGGAGCUCUACAAGCGCAACGUCUACGAUCGGUACAACUUCAAGAUGAUGAGCGGACGUGGCCCAAUCAUACGUGUGGACACCAUCGAGGACAAUGAGGAGGAGAACGGAAAUUCGAGUCUUGAGCUAGACGCCUCUCGCUUUGAGGACCUCGAGCACAUGGUAUCGCCGGGCAGCAGAGCAGUGGUCAAUGCUGGCGAGGAUUUGAGUGAUGCCGAGUCGGAUAAGACGCUAACGCAUUCCCAAUCCAAUGAGCUAAAUGGCGUGCGUGGGAGUAGCACCACCAUGUCUUCGUACUCAUCGGAGGAUGAGCAGAGACGUGGACACAGCACCUGCGGCGGCUCAUCGGAUGAGGAGACGAACGCGGAGGAUAUGUGGGAAUCGGGUGCGGAGAGCAUUGAAACACACUCGGUGCUCUAUAAAAUGAUACGCAAAAGUUAGUUAUUAUAAAGGGUUGUGCAAUAUUUAAAACAAGACGACGAAAGACUUUCAAUUAGCUUAGGUGCCUUCGGGUGCAAACCUGAAGCAACCAGGUGCAAUAAUAUUACUUUUCUUGCCAAACCAUAAGGUGCAAUUUUUACUUAACCAUAAGUAUAAUCCAUAAGAAUACAUAUAUGUUUAAGUACA